AACCUUACCAAAAUUGUUUAGUGUUUUGCGGUAAUUCACGACAUAGUCACCAUGACACAAUUCCUAAAAUUAGUUACGUUAGUUUACGCUUUAGUGUCACUUUUUUACGCGUGUGUCAACGGAAGUGAAACUUGUCCAGGGACACUAGUGUCAAAUUUUCAUCAAAAAAACUGUACAGAUAGAGCUACGGGUACAGAAGCUUACUACCUGGACAGGACCGAGUGUAUUCCUAAAUGUAAAAUAUACCCAACCAGUGUGGAGGAGGGCCAGUGUACUGAUAACACUGACUGUAUUUCUGGUUAUUACUGUGAAAACCGGUGUGGACCAAAAAAUAAUCUUAGAGAUUACACUUGUGAAACCGAUUCUGAUUGUCAAGCUUUACCCGAGGGAGGUAGAUCCAAAUGCCUGAAGUACUGCGUUUUGCCAAGUACCACCGGUGGAGUGACCUGUAUGUCAUACCACUCGAAUUUGCCAGAAUUUGUAAAUAGUUACUGGACUGCGCUGAUUUUUAAGCCAGUUUGCAACGAUGACGGGGAUUGGGAAGCCAAACAGUGCAAAGGAGGUGUUCACGGAAAGUGUAUUUGUUACAGUUCCACAGGUGUUCGGUUGUUUGGUGAAGCUUUGUACCAAAAAGCAGAUAAUAUGACUUGUGCUUGCAGUAGAAAGAAAAAUGACAUGGAAUCCAAUGGUAGAACAAUGGUAACGUUACAUUGCGACAGUAUGGGUAACUAUGAAAGUUUACAGUGUGACAUGGAGAAAGAAAUAUGUUGGUGUGCUGAAUCUAAGACAGGUGAACCAACAGCACCAUUUGUUCCAGAAAAAGCCAAGGAGAAACUACCAUGUUAUAUAUCGACAACAGUUGGUUCACAAUACUUGAGACAAUGUGAGAGUAAAAAGUAUGCUCAGUCGAUGAUCACAGCUAAAUUGAAGGCCCAUGGUGCCAAAUAUGUUCAAACUGAUACAUUAUUGUGUAAUGCUGAUGGAAGUUACGGAGCAUAUUCUGUUUCAUCCGGAAUAGCUUAUUGUACUUGGAGGGAUAACAGUAAAAUAGGAACAUGGCAGUCUAACAUAGCUUCAAACACAGCAAAUUUGAAUUGCAAUUGUGCCAGGGAUUUUAAACAGUACAGCCACUCCAUGGACUGUGAAGGUAAUGGGAACUACGUAAUAGUACAACAUUACCAGGAUGACACAAAUACAUUGAAGUACUAUUGCGUUGAUGAUGAUGGGUUUGCUAAAACUGGUUUGCUUGAUGAUAAAAACGUUAACUGUUCUCUUUAUUAUUAAAUAGUAUUAAUAUUAAUUAUUGUAUGUAAUAAGAAAUAUAUUUUUAUUAAAUCAA